AUGCAGGCCUCCGAUACCGGCAAAGCUCCAGGGUUAGGAUUGCUAGAGAGGGAUGAACACCCCAUGAACUAUGGCAGUCUUCAACAAGACCAAACUGAAGCUUCAGCCCAAGCCGGAACUGCCCUUGACGAUGGCGAUAUGCACCGCAUGGGAAAAGUUCAAGAGCUCAAGAGAAAUCUACGACCGUUGGCUGCAUUGAGUUUUGCUUCUGUCCUGCAAGCAACAUGGGAAUUUCUUCUGAUUUCCAACUCUCAAGGCUUGGAGAAUGGAGGCAUGGCCGGUUUGUUCUGGUCAUUUGUCUGGACGUUUGUUGGAUUCGGGUUUAUCAUCGCUUCACUGUCCGAAAUGGCUUCCAUGGCGCCAACCUCUGGCGGACAGUAUCACUGGGUCUCUGAGUUUUCCCCGCCUCGAUAUCAAAAGUUCCUUAGUUACGUUACGGGUUGGAUAUCAGUGCUGGCAUGGCAAGCUGGCUCAGCCUCUGGAUCCUUUCUCACUGGAACCAUCAUUCAGGGACUGAUCAGCAUCCGGAAUCCGGACUACACCGCGGAAAACUGGCAGGGCACUUUAUUUGUCUUUGCGAUGAUCUUGGUUAUAUACUUCUUCAACGUAUACGCAUCCAGUUUGAUGCCAAUCUUGAAUAACCUCUUGCUGGUUUUUCACAUUCUGUCCUGGGCAGUGAUUGUAAUUGUGCUGUGGACCAUGGCUCCUCACCAAUCUGCAAAAACCGUGUUUACGCAUUGGGAGAAUCUUGGGGGAUGGUCUAGCAUGGGCUUGAGCGUGAUGAUUGGGCAAAUCUCGGCCAUAUACGCCUCUUUGAGUUCCGAUGCAACCGCACACAUGUCCGAAGAAGUCCAAGAUGCAGGCCGAAACGUACCAAUUGCUAUUGCCUGGGGAUAUUUCAGCAACGGCCUCAUGGCUAUUGUCUUGCUGAUUGCGUAUCUCUUCGCUAUCCCGUCUGUAGAAGACGCCUUGAACGAUAACACGGGCUUCCCAUUCCUCUACGUCUUUCAAAACGCAGUUUCAGAAGCAGGGUUGAAUGGGCUUACAGCAAUCAUCCUAUUACCAGUGAUCUUUAGCAACAUUUUCUUCAAUGCUUCUACCUCUCGUCAAACCUUUGCCUUUGCUCGUGAUAAGGGGCUCCCAUUUUCCAAGUGGAUUUCGAAAGUUGACACCAAGCGCAAAAUCCCGGUCAACGCCAUCGCCUUGUCCUGCAUCAUCAGUUGCUUGCUUUCGUUAAUCAAUAUCGGAUCUCUAACUGCUUUCAAUGCCAUUAUUUCCCUGAAUGUGGCCGCUCUGAUGUAUACGUACAUCGUAUCUAUUAGCUGCGUGAUCUAUCGGAAGAUCUGGCAUGCUGAGACCCUUCCACCGCGUCGAUGGGAUAUGGGGCGAUGGGGUUUACCUGUGAACAUCAUCGGGGUGUUAUAUUGCUGUUUUGCCUUUUUCUGGUCGUUGUGGCCGAGUGAGCUUCCGGUCACAGUGGACAAUUUCAACUGGAGCGUGGUAAUCUUUGGAGGCGUGUUCAUAAUCAGUCUCUGUAUGUAUGUAUUCAAGGGAAGGAUGGAAUAUGCUGGGCCAGCGGCCAUAGUUUCGUAUUCGCAGGAUUAG